AGGCCCUGCCCGCAGCGCGCAUGCGGGCGCCAUGCGCAGGCCCGGCAGCGGCUCCCUCCGUCCCUCCCUGCCGCCGGCCCCGCCGCUCCCUGUGCCACGUACGGCGGCGGCGUGGCCCCGGCCGGGCCCUGGCAGCCUCGGGGGGCUCCUCCGGCGGGCUUCCUGUUUUCUGCCACUGAUAGUGCAUGGCGGCUUAUCCUAACUCUGUCCUGAAGUGAGGUGGGAAAUUUGACCAAUAAUCCAGCAUCAGUAAGACAGACAAGGUCUGUAGGUGAUAAGGGAGCCACCAUGAAUGGGCAGCUGGACUUAAGUGGGAAGCUGAUCAUCAAAGCUCAGCUGGGUGAAGAUAUUAGGAGAAUUCCUAUCCACAAUGAGGAUAUCACCUAUGAUGAGUUAGUGCUAAUGAUGCAAAGAGUUUUUAGAGGAAAACUUCUCAGCAAUGAUGAAGUCACAAUAAAGUAUAAAGAUGAAGAUGGAGAUCUUAUAACAAUUUUUGAUAGCUCAGAUCUUUCCUUUGCAAUUCAGUGCAGUAGGAUACUUAAGCUGACAUUGUUUGUUAAUGGACAACCAAGACCCCUAGAAUCUAAUCAGGUGAAAUACCUGCGUCGAGAGCUGAUAGAACUUCGCAAUAAAGUCAAUCGCUUGCUGGACUGUCUAGAACCACCAGCUGAACCUGGGGUUUCCACUAAUCUGCCUGAAAGUGAUGCUGUAGAUGGGAGGGAAGAAAAACCUGCUGCUGCUGAUGCUAAUGUUAAGCCAUCUACUCAAGUUAUAGCAGCAAGCAUGUCUGCAUUUGAUCCGCUAAAAAACCAGGAUGAAAUCAGCAAGAAUGUCAUGUCAGCAUUUGGCUUGACAGAUGAUCAGGUGUCAGGACCACCCAGUGCCCCUGCAGAAGAGCGAUCGGGAACACCGGAUAGCAUCGCUUCCUCCUCUUCUGCUGCCCAUCCCCCUGGUGUUCAGCCACAGCAGCCAGCGUACCCUGGAACACAGCCACAGACAGGUCAGGUGGAAGGCCAGAUGUACCAACAGUACCAACAGCCCAGUUAUCCUGCCCAGCAGCCGCAGGCUCAGCCUCAGCAGCAGUAUGGUAUGCAGUACCCAGCCGGCUACAGUCAGCAGCAAACCCCUUCGCAGCCAGCGCAGCAGUUCCCCGGGGCCUACAGCCAGCAGGCGACCCAGGCCCCAGCCACCGCCUUCGCCGGGCAGCCGCCACAGCUGCCGGGGCAGCAGCCACAGCAGUACCCAGGGGGCAGCUUCCCCCCGCAGCCCUACACCACGCAGGCCUCCCAGCCGGCCCCAUACAGUGGCCCCCCAGGCUCCCAGGCGGCGCCCGGCACCUACCAGCGUCCUGGCUUCACCCCGCCGCCUGGCAGCACCAUGACCCCCCCGCCCAGCGGGCCCACCAACCCCUAUGCCCGCACCCGGCCCCCCUUCGGCCCCCAGGGCUAUGCCCAGCCCGGGCCUGGCUACCGGUAAGGGGCUGCCACGGGGCGCAGGCGACUCGCACCCACCUGCCAUUCCCACAGACUCCAGUGGUCUCAACAGAGGUUCCCCAAACUGUAACGGGGCGAAACGCUCUUCGUAACUGUCGGUUAGAGUCUGCUGGGGCGGGGGAAUGACCACACAAAUCGUUCCUGCUUUAAAUUGUAUCUGCUUCCUAGUUUAAGUUGGGGCCGGGUUGGUUUUGGGAAACAAUGCCUAACUGUCUGUAAAGUGAUUGACAUCCUAGCUUGCCUUGUUUGAAAGAUAUUAAAUUGCUAGUUGGAAGUUUAGCCCACUUAUCAGGCUUGUUCUUACUAAUGACAUGAUGUACUAAAUUAGAUUCAUUCCAGAGGUAAAACUAGAUAUGAUGUAUUAUAAAUUGUAAUGCUCACAUGGAAAGCUAAUAAAACCCCCCCUGAAUCUA